AUGUCGACACUCUCUUUCUCGAGAACAUCAUCCUUCAACACGGCCGAAAAUGGAAAUUUGUUCAAUACUCUCUGCGAAACUGCAAUCAAGGAGUUUCUAGAGGAUCCCGAGAUACUAAAACUCGCUGACAAUCCCUUUGUCCAAUACGUAAACCACAGAAGAGAGCAGACUGAGAAAUGUAGAGAGGAGGAGCACAACGACCCCAUUGAAGAGACGCAACAAUGCAUUCGCGAGGUCGAACAAAAAUGGACAGGCAGCAAAGCUCAUCAUCUGCGGGAAAAGGUGAACCCGUUCGUCGAAAGUAUCACUGCCUUGACGAAAUCAUGCGAGAGCCUUCUUCAGCCUGCACCGUUUGGCGUCGCGAUCGCUGUUUCAGGGUUCAGAAUCGUCUUGGAACUCGCUACCAAAGCUCAUGGCGCCGUGGAAGAUAUACUCAAUGUUCUGGACGAGGUUUCUCCGCUCUUGGACUGCUACAAGAUGACCGCGAUGUCACAGCAGAGUUCUCCACAGAUAUCCAAGGCCAUCAAGAGAUCAUACAAGAAUAUUCUGCAGUUCUGGGCCUACUCAGCUAAGGUAUUAUCCAAGAGCUACACGAGAGUCACCCUAUCUUCGGCAAUUAGACCCUUCAAGCAAGAAAUACAGACUUUCCGGGAGAAAUUCCGCGAAGACUCCAAACAGGUGAGCCAGUUGCUCAUCGCAAGUAUGGCAAUUGAGAGAGCAAGGGAAAAACAAGAGAGAACAAGAGAUGAAAUCCUGAGGUGGAUAAGAGGUGGCGAGAAAGCCGAGUCAUUUGAUGCAGACAAGGACUUGGAAUUAAGGAACAUGAGUCGCACAGAGGGCACCUGCACAUGGUUGUUUGAGAGACAAGAGUUCAAGGACUGGAGAGACGCCAAGAAGAAUUCUGUGCUUUGGUAUAAUGGACCUCCAGGCUCUGGCAAAAGCGUUUUGGCAUCCGCGGUCAUCAACCACCUGCAAGAGCAGCUUGAAUCAGAAGUUGUUCACUUUUUCUAUUCGUUCAGGACAGCAUCCAAGCGACAAGAGACUUGCGGACUACGAUCUAUCGCUCUCCAGCUUUUGAGUAAACUGGACGUGGCCUCGAACCCCUUGAAAGCCGAGUACGAACGGGCGAGGAAGACCUGCAAGCACGAGCUGACCAACAACGAUGGAGAAGUAAUGGUCAGACUUCUACGUGCACUGCUGAACCACAGCCGCUUUGCCCAGGUUUAUGUGGUUUUAGACGGGUUGGACGAAUGCUCAGUUCGAACUCACGGCAAUCCUUUGUUCUACAGCUUGCAGCAGCUUCUCAACUUGGAUACGCUUGGGACAGUCAAAUGGUUCCUUACGAGCAGGGACGUUCCGGAGAUACGGUCCGUUAAAGACGCUUUCAAAGCCGUCGAAAUUAGGCCAAACCUCAAGGACACUUCCAAAGACAUACGUUCCUUUCUCGACGCCCAGAGGAUCUGUCCAGCUCACGAUGAGCCCUAUUUUGACACGGACGAACAUAACUUUCUCUAUGCGGCGCUGCUCUGUGAGAUUGCAAAGAACAAGGCUUACAGAACUAAGCAGGGAACCAUUGACGCCCUCCAAAGCUUUCCCAGAGGUUUGGAGGACUGCUAUAUCAAGUCGUUGGCCAGGAUUGCAGGACUACCCUAUCAUAAACAGGAUCUAGCCAAGCGAACCUUUCGAAUCCUCACAUUGUCGGAAAAGGAACUUACGCUACUGGAACUUACUGACGGCCUCAACCCUUAUGCCGAUCCUGCCAACGAUACAAUCAAGCCCAAGGAAGAUGCGAUUCAAUUUUACGAUAAAGUAAGGGACGUCUGCAGCCCUUUGAUUACCAUGGAAGACACAAAUGGUUCUCAGAAGAUCUCACUGUGCCACAAGUCAGUCAAGGACUUUUUUAUCGACCCGAAGAACAAGGACAAGAUCGAAGAGUACCUGCCAGACUUCUUCAUCGACGAGAACAAAGCGUUGGAGGAGCUUGGAGUCAGUUGCAUCGAGUAUCUCAGCGAGGAACGAUAUCAAGAUCCCUCUGACCUGAAAGCGUUGGUCACAAGGUCGGAGUCAUCGUACAACAACGCUUUCCUCCGAUAUGCCGCCGUCUUUUGGCAUAUGCAUAUGCAAAAUAUUACUCCAAGCUCUGAGACCCUGAAGAUUGUUGAAGACUUCCUCAAAAGCCCUGCAUUUUGGACCUGUAUCUACGUACAAAGCCACGCAGCUCCUCAUCUUUUUGCAAGGUACAAGCGGGAAACAAUUAAUGAUUAUAAGCAGAUCCUGGGAACCAUACCGAACGCGGAACUUCAAUUUGGACUUCCUCUACCACCAUGGAAAGAAGAUUCCUCGUCUACUGAUUACGUAUCGCUGGACCGCUCGUUUUGCUCUUUCGCUUUAGACUGGGGCGAACUUCUUGUUAAGAACCCUGAUCAGCUUCAUCAUGCUGUUCCACUCACUCUUUAUAAGCCUAGCUGUCACCUUAAGCCUCCUAGCAGGCUUCAGAAAGUUCACAUCAAAUACGUUGCCAAGCUACUCGAGUCACCAACCGAGAUGCGAGUAUUGGAGGCGUCGUUAUCUUCUACGGGCAAGAAGCGUGGCAAGACACUGCAGCUUCGGAUCGUUCGCGAGGACGGUUUGAUGCCCCGUCGCCGGGUCAAAGUGAAUCAAGUGGAUGUCUUCUCUCGGUCGAAGUCUGAUCAGAAUAGAGAGGCCAUCUUCGACUUGCUGGCCCCUGACAGCGAAUGGAUCACCACAAUUGCUCGAGAUAGUAAGGAGGGCGACUCCUUUCUCCAGUGCUGGAAAGUGAACAGUCGCGAUUUGAGUAUUACUCGUUGCCUUCUGGACGGCAGAUCAGUGAACCGAGUUGACCAGGUCCCCCCGCAAGUGUGUAGAGACCUGGAACUGGGCCUGGAAGGCAAAGGACAUUGGAAUCUGGUACAGCUUGAUGUCGUCACACAGCCGACUCGGAAAGACUCGGAGUCAACGACUCGGCUAUUCUAUUUUCGCAAGGGCCAAUGCGCAGUUCAUCACCAUGAAAGGGCGAAGUCAUCCAACAAUGUAAUCGUCAGCAACUCGGACUCCCAAGACAGUAGUUCAGACUCUGAUGGUGGCUCUGGUUGGAGUUCGGACUCUGAUGAUGACUCUGAUACAAGUGAUACGCAAAGUAUUAACGGAGGGACAAAUGGAAGCCAGGAAGCUCCAGAUAAUCUACAUGGAGAGCGCAAAGAGCCGAUGACAGAAUGUCUUAUCAUGGCCAAUGACUUUGGCAGACCUGUUUGGCAACCCAUCCGGACCGACCGCUUAAUGUGGUCUAGAAUAAUAGGCACUCGUCAUCCGACAUUACCUAUUGUAGCUGUCUCUUACAAGCUUGGUGGAGUAGACCUACUCAACGACGAAACUGGCUGCAGUACAAGUUUGGAGAUCACGGAAGAGGGAAAAGGCCAAGGAGCAAGGCCGCUGGCAAUGUCACGAGGUAAGUCAACUACCUACCUACCCAUUCUACGAAGGGUGAUGAGGAUCCGUGUUGACGUUCAAUUAGAGAUGCAAUUCUCGCCAUGCGGGAACUUCCUCACCCUUUUGUCCGUCAGUCUCUACCAGAAGGACGCCUGUGCGGAGUGUCAAGUCACUGUGUCAUGCUUCGGGUUUGUUGAAACUGCUUCUGGACAUAACCUUCAAACUCGCAAGCAUGGUAAACUGGCAAGCUUUAGCUACAGAUUUCUGGGCAAGGUUGAUGAAAUGCCUCAACCGUAUAUCAUGAAAAAUUGGACAGCUGAACACGUUGUCUUGGCUCUACCCCCAUUGACCUAUAGUCCGAAGAUCAUUAGAAUCUCGCUUUCGCCUCCCACAGAUCAGAUCAACCCAUCGGAAAGCUUCCCAACAAGAGCAUCGACACUCUCACAUCCUGUGUUCUUCCCACAAUCGACAAUUUCCCGCAACCCUCAUAUAAUGUACGGCGAUGGAGGCUCACCUGAGAAAGACAGUUACCUGUAUCUCGUCUUGGACACGUCAGAUCCAUCAUCAUCAUGUUCAGAAUCAACGCUGCGCUGCGGACCUGGUCACUUCCGGGGAAUGGCAUGUCCUGAAAGCUCGUCUGAUGACAAGAGGAGAGGGGUCAAUGGUCCAGUGGUAAUGGGUUGGAAAGUACUAGGUCGCGGUAAGGUCGGAAAAGCUGACGAGGUUGAAGGUCACGGAGGUUCUUCAGAAGAACAGCUCGCAUGGCGGGAAUGGAACGAUGAAGACGGGGUUUCGGAGGAUGUCAAAGCCAGUAGGUCGGCUACGGAUGAGUAUGAACUAUUGCGUGGUGAUUUUGUGGGAGAGACAUACUCUGUCCCUAUCCGAUCCGGGCUGAAUUGGACCAAAGAGGGUGUUCUUAGUUGUUGA